UUAUACUUUUUCCCUAUGUUCGGUAUUAAGGAUGAUAUAUUUUGUUGGCACGAACAAGCAGCUGAAUUCCAAAGUCCUGAUCCUUCCUCUGACAUGCACAAAAAGAAGAAAGCGAAAACAAACCCUGAACCAUCAGCUAAGCAAGGAAAGAGGGAGGGUUCACGAGGUGGAGAAGCUUCCUCCAGCAAAUCGAAAGGAGCUGCUACAAAAUCUGGUCGUAAAUCAAAGGAUGACACUAAAGUCGAUGGAAAAUUGAAGGACAACACCUCCAAGUCCGGUGCUAAAUCCAAGGAUAAUUCUCAGAAAAGCAGUGGCAAAUCUGUUGUUGAUGCCUCCAAAACAACUGGCAAAUCCAAAGACGUCAAUGCUAGCACACCAAAGUCCAGCAUCAAGUUCAAGCUGGAUAGCCUACUAUCCUAG